CAUAUCUCUGCUGUACUCCAACAGCAGGCAAUGAAAGACAGAGACCAACACCCUCGCGCCCAUGAGUUCUUCCUCCCCUUCCUCCGACCCGGACUACCAGGUCGCCACCUCUGACCUCGACGAUGACGCCGCUACCGCCGUCCUACCUAAGCGCCCCGACGCCGAGGGCUUCGUCUCGUCCAUGCGCUCGCCGGACGACGUCGACGCCGUGUGCAAGAAAUACGGCAUCCCGAGGGACCACUACACCGCGCGCCCCGCCGGCGAUCUGCGCGCGUGCUCGCCCCCGCCGCCGGGGUGCGUCUGCGUGUACGCGCACGCGCUGGAGGCCGGGAUGCGCGUCCCGCUGCACCCCUUCUUCUGCGAGGCGCUCGCCCACUUCGGCAUCGCGCGGACGCAGCUCGCGCCCAACACGUGGCGCAUCAUGGCGGGCUUCCUCGUGCUCUGCCGCUCCGCCGGCGUGCCGCCGUCGCUCGCGGUGUUCCGGCGUUUCUUCGUGCUGUCCGUCCUCAACCACAGGCUGUUAGACGAAUAAACUGUGGCUCGGCCAAGGCGUGUCGGGCGCGCGUACGUGCGGGUGCCAGACGAGCCGGGCAUAGUCAGGGCCGUAGCUGCGUGAGUGUGUGUAGCAGCACGUGUACGUGCGCGUGUGUGAGCUUGUUGCCGAUGGAGCCGGAGGAGAACGCGUCCAGGGCUGUUGGUGGCCGCGUCGUCCGCGUACGGGCGCGACGGGAGCGCAGGCCAUGUAUGGCGUGGGACGUGGGAUGUGGGCGACUGGGAGCGCCGUAUAGAGCGGCGUGGCGUGCGUACGAGCGCACGUAUAAAGGCUCGCUAGCCUCUGUGUAUCGGCAGAUGGUGUUUAGUAGUUGAGUUUGUGCUCAGGAAAUAAAACUAAGUGGCCGUUCGUGCGGCCGGCGGCGUUCGUGCGCCGGGCAAAAUCCUGCUGUGUCCUACUCGUUCUUCUUUCUUCUACCUCUGUCCAGCUGUGAGAGAGGGCUAGCUAGGGCUGCGCCAACACAGACGCAAGAAAAGAUGGUACUACUUCCAACCCAGGUUCAAGGACAACUCCGGCUUGCGCUUCACGGGGUUGCCGGAUUCCAUCUGCGGCUGGAAGCGCGGGUUCUUCUUCCUCUCCUCGCCGACCCCGUGGCCCUGUCCCGUGGAGUGGGCCGAGCCGUCCAAGUGCUCCUUCGAGGACCCGGUGCUUACAAACGAGGAGCAGAAAUCCGUGGCGAAGCUGUUAGGUGCUAACGGUGGCGCCGCCGUUGAUAUCAGGACGUGUUUGUGCGACAGCAACCUUGCCGCUGCCGUUGUAACUGCAGCAACCUUGCCGCUGCCGUUGUAACUGCUCGUACAAGUGCCAGCUCUCAAGGGAUAGAUUCCGCCGUCUACGACAUGAUGAAAACCAUGCUGGCGGAGAAGAUGGCCCGGCAAGCGUCGGCAUCGGCAAAGAAGGUGAAAACCGAGCCAGGGUCGUUGCCGUUGUGCGGGAAGAAAGGGAGCCUGGACGAGGCCAACGACGAGGAGGGUCGUCCGCCUUCUUCUGACGCUCCACCUGCCGCCCGUGGCUACUCGGUGCCCACCAGCGUGUGCUCGCCACUGCCGGGAGUCUCGCGGCAGCCACAAGACUUCGCCGACAGACACGGAGCACAUUGGGAGGCUGCACGGGAGCUGUUGCAGGAUGCCGUCGCCCCACCGCAGCAGCGUGUGUUUGCGGCCAACGAGCCAUCAGAUGUCGUCGCGUCGAGCUACGUAGCGAUUCUCCAGGCGGCGAAUUACAUGUCGUUCUCAUUGGACUACGCUCUGGAGCUGGAAGAGAAGCUGUUGGCGCGGGACGCGGAGAUCGCCGCGCUGCAGAAGCAGCUGAAGGUGCGGCAGAGGUAGUCCAGGAGCACUGAGCGCCAGAAGAGUUUCGAGCGGUGGAAGGGUAGCAGGAGAGCGACACGGAGGACAUGGGGCGCACCGCGGAUCUUUUCCUUGCUUCGCCACUCUGUGAUCGAGUGAUCCGUUUCCUUGCUAUACGAGACUCGUUAUCUAAGAUUCAGUGACCUCUGGAGUGCUUAAGCGGUAUCACCAUUCAAAUUUCUCAAUAUCUUUCCAUAAACUAAGAAAACCUACCAAUUGUCAUCUCUGGCAGUUUAAGAAAGCUUAUG